UUCAGUUUGUCAAAUGAAAAAGAUGCCCACGCCAGUGACAGCGAUGAGAACUCAGAGCGUGGCAACUGGUCAAACAAAGGCGACUACCUGCUCUCCAUGGUGGGCUACGCUGUGGGCCUGGGCAACGUCUGGCGGUUUCCCUAUCUCACCUACCAGAAUGGCGGAGGUGCUUUUCUAAUCCCGUACACCAUGAUGUUGGCGCUAGCAGGCUUGCCCUUAUUUUUCAUGGAGUGUUCCCUUGGGCAGUUUGCCAGUCUAGGGCCAAUUUCUGUCUGGAGAAUCUUACCAUUGUUUCAAGGAGUGGGCAUCACGAUGGUCAUCAUCUCAACAUUUGUGGCGAUCUACUACAAUGUUAUCAUUGCUUACGCACUCUACUACUUAUUUGCCUCAUUUCAAAAAGUGCUGCCAUGGUCAGAUUGCUUUUCCUGGGCAGAUGAGUUCUGCAGCAAAACACGAUUAGUAAGUGACUGCAAUGCAACCUUAGAUGGAGAAAUCAUUCAUGCAAACUACUCGUUCAUCACAAGCAACAAUCUCACAUGUAUCAAUGGCACCAUGAACUACAAACCAGUGCAAUUUCCCAGUGAGCAAUACUGGAAUAAAGUGGCUCUUCAGCGCUCGAGUGGGCUGGACGAGACUGGUAACAUCGUGUGGUACCUGGCUCUCUGCCUCCUCCUGUCCUGGAUGAUUGUUGGAGCUGCUUUAUUUAAAGGAAUAAAAUCAUCUGGAAAGGUUGUCUACUUUACUGCGCUCUUCCCGUAUGUAAUCCUGCUCAUCUUGCUGGUGCGAGGUGCCACCCUGGAAGGUGCUCUGGAUGGCAUUGAAUACUACAUUGGGAGACAGUCCAAUAUCACCAAGCUGAUGGAGGCAGAGGUUUGGAAAGAUGCAGCCACCCAGAUAUUCUACUCCCUGUCUGUGGCAUGGGGCGGGCUUGUUGCUUUGUCUUCAUACAAUAAGUUCCACAACAACUGCUACUCGGAUGCUAUUUUAGUUUGUGUAACCAACUGCGUCACCAGUGUAUUUGCUGGGUUUGCGAUAUUCUCCAUCUUGGGACACAUGGCAUUCGUGUCAGAGAGACCCGUCUCCGAGGUCGUGGACUCAGGAUUUGAUCUGGCAUUUGUAGCCUACCCAGAGGCUCUCUCCAAGUUACCAGUUUCUCCUCUGUGGUCCUUCUUGUUUUUCUUCAUGCUUCUGCUCUUGGGCCUUGACUCUCAGUUUGCCACCAUAGAAACACUUACAACCACCAUACAAGAUAUAUAUCCUGAAGUGAUGAAAAAAUUAAGAAUGCCUAUAACUCUGGGUGUAUGCAUAUUGCUCUUCUUUCUUGGUCUUAUCUGUGUUACUCAGGCAGGAAUUUACUGGGUUAACCUAAUAGAUCACUUUUGUGCUGGAUGGGGAAUCCUUAUUGCAGCUGUCCUGGAGAUAAUAGGCAUUGUCUACAUUUACGGAGGAAACAGGUUUGUUGAAGACAUUGAAAUGAUGAUUGGAAAGAAGAGCCGUUUGUUCUGGCUGUGGUGGAGAAUGUGCUGGUUUUUCAUUACUCCUGUGCUGUUAAUGGCAAUUUUGAUCUGGUCUUUGGUCACGUUUUCAACUCCCACUUAUGGCUCAGUGUUAUAUCCAGCCUGGGGAACUGCUGUUGGCUGGUGCAUGAUUAUCUUCUGUGUCAUCUGGAUCCCUGUUGUUGCUAUUCUAAAAAUAGUUAAAGCUGAAGGAAACCUUUGUCAGCGCAUUGUAAGCUGCUGCAGGCCCACUGCAAACUGGGGUCCCUACCUGGAAUGUCACCGAGGAGAAAGAUACAGCCAUGUUGUAGAUCCCAAAAAGGAAAAGGAACAUGAGAUUCCUACUGUGUCUGGCUUUGUAUACACUCAACAAUGA